UUUCGCCUUUCUUGUUUUUGUUAUCCUCUCGUCAUUUUUCUCUUUGUUAGCGGCCGACCUCUUAGUACUAGGUAAGGGUUUAAAGGUUUUAUUUAAGAUUUUUCCGCCGUUCAUCUUUUGUCGGGGCGGACGUCCAAUCGCGUCUUUUUCUUCAUUGUUGGUCACCCCUAAGCCGUGCUUCGUUCACUAUGCAGAAGGCAUGGCUAGAACCAAGCAAACGGCAGAUCCUACGCGCCUGCGCUUGCGGGAAGGAGCAUCGACACCUCCUAGGGAGAGAUAUUCUUCCACCGCCUCGGCAGUCGACGAAGAAUUUGCCGAACUCUUUCAAGAGAUCGACGAGUACGUCGAGGCGGGGGAGCAGGCGGCAAGCUCGUCGGAGGGUACAGCGAGCCAGGCAGUGGGGGAGCCAAGCGUCGCUCCAUUGUCGUCGGCCGCCGAGGAGCAAGAAGCUGCUCCCCAGCUUAUUAGGCCCAGAGGACGGGAGGAGGCCCAAUUGCUUCCGUCAGAAAUUCACCCAGACGUGGGCUGGAUGCGGUGGCUAGACAGGCACGGAGCCAAGAUGAGGGAUGACCUCUGCGUGGGGGAAGGGUACCAAAUGCGUGUGCCGGCCGGUCUGGACUCGACCGUCAGCCUGCUUGCCGAGGGAGAAUUCCCUGUGUAUGCCGCGUCAAUCAAACUCGGCAUGAGAUUCCCUCCACACCCCUUCGUUGUGGAGGUGUUAGAUGGUUUUAAUAUUGGGGUGGCCCAGCUGACCCCCAACUCAUGGGCGGAUAUCUUUGGCUACAUUGCCAAAUGUGCGCUGAACGACGUGGAGCCGUCCUUCAACGCCUUUCUGCAUCUGGUCUCCCUCUCUCGUUCCCCCAGUGCCGCCAAAGGGUGGUUUAAUCUGAGCAGCCGUGGUACCUACCAGACAGUGGUCGGCAAGCUCAGCAAGUGGCAUAUGUGGAGGAAGAGGUGGGUCGUGUUUUACACGGACGACCAGGAGAUGUAUGAGCGAAUGAGCCGUUGGAACUGCAACGCCAACUUCAUGGAUCGUGACGAGCCCCUUCCACCCCUUACUGCCGAAGAGUGGGAUCAGAUAAUGGUCCUGUUCAGGGCCAACACUUACCACUUAACAGUGGAUAAGAGUUUCCAUGUGCCGGCCGAGUGGUUGCCGCACAUUAGCCAGUUUCGGAACGAGGCUUUUCUAGCGGCCGUAGGCUUAGGAUAUUCCAUGACUCGAGGUUGUAUGCCAAUUUAUGUGCCGCUCUGCCUUGGUCUUAUUCAUUUUUCUAACUUUGGAUUUCUUUUGUUCUCAGAGGAAGGAAUGAGCAAGUUGUCGGCGGCGGAUACCGGGAAAGGCGAUAUGACCGAUUGGAUGGCGGACAUCUAUGAGGCCAAGAUGCAGAAAGCCAAGGCCGAGUUGGAGGAGAAGCAAGCUAAGGACGCGGCUAGGGCGUCAGGGAAGAAGAAGGGGACGACUCUGUCCCAGCUGAAGAAGAGAGCUGUGCCGGCUGGCUCGGAGACUCCGAGUACCUUCAAGAAGCCAAAACCCCUACCUCGCCGUCUCGUGAAGAAAGACGAGUCGAAGGUUGCUGAGGGGGGAUGCCCUGAUGACGAAGAGAUGGGCGUGGACAAGCCGUCUCUGGUGGUGGACUUGGUGUCCAAAUCGAGGUCCGGUGGGCAUCCGGACGAGCUGGAGGACCCUCUUUCGGGAAUCCCGGCCGACGUCCGCUCUCAGAUACCGGCGGAGGUGGCCCGCCGAGCUAGGUCUUCGGGCGGUAAGUAUUAUUCGAACGUCGUUCAGACGUAUCGAGCCUCCUCUGGCAGUUCUUCUUACUCUCCGCGUCAUCCUAAGGCCGUUGUUUUUCCUAUAGCCAAAGACAAAGGGAAGGAUGCAGCUGCUGCCGAGGACGAGAACGUACCUGCUACUCCCCACUAUUCGUCAAAGGAUAGGGUGGCUAUAUGCCGCAAGGUUUUUAAGGCCGUCCCCACAGAGUAUGUUGCUUCUCUUCCUGGCCGCAAGACUGACGCCCAGUUUGGUGCGAUCCAGGCCACUCUUCUCGACUUGUUCUGCCGCAUGGAAUUCUGCAAGAGUUGGAAGACCCGCACUGCUGAGGAGCUCAAAGCUCAGGUGGCUGAGUCCACCCACCAUGGCGACUAUGCGUUCAAGUCCAUUGAAGAGGUCCGCCUGCAGAUGCAGACGACCAUAGACCUUCAAGCGAAGGAGGUGGCUGCGUUGAGAUCUGACAAGGCCGAGCUGCUUAAGAAGAUCUUGGCGCAGGACAAGGACAUGGUGGCAAUGGUCGAGGAGGCCAAGACAGCGGCGGCGGAAAUACGGGCGCUUCAGGACCAGUUGCGGGAGUACCCUCAGGUCAAAGAGGCGGCUGAGGAAGCCGAGCAUCUUCGUGGGGAGCUGGAGACGGCCAGAUCGCAAGUUCGCACCUUGCGUGAGCGUCUUCUGGAAUCCUAUGAUCAGGGGGAACAAGCGACCAAGGACGCUGUUAAGCACGCCUGGGAGAGCCACAUGUCAGAGUAUGAUCUUGGGUGGUUCCAGCGGCGAAUGGAGCACAGUGCCGCUGUGUUGGCUGCUGAACGUCUUGGUCAGCCGCCCCCUGAGUUUGUAUCAUCUGAUGACGAGGACGAUGCGGCCGCUCCCUGAUUUGCUUCCUUUCCUGCUUUUUUUAAAAUUUUAUUCAAGCGUUCCCGUGCCUUAGGGCAAAAACAAUUAUGUUGUAAAGUUUUGGCGCUGAUGGCGUCUGUAUCAUUGUGCCUGCUGAGCACACAACAAUUUUCUUUCUUUUUUCUGGUCAAGA